GCUCGCGCCGUCCCUCCGGCAGCCCCGCGCUCGUCCAUGGGGCCGAGCGGCGCCCGCUGAGGGAGGAGGGGACGGGGAGCAGCGGGAGUCGGUGCCGGCCGCAGCCAUGCAGCAGGUCUUAGACAACCUUACUGAUCUGCCGACAUCGACAGGCGCUGAAGAAAUAGACCUGAUUUUUCUUAAAGGAAUUAUGGAAAACCCCAUCGUAAGAUCGCUUGCUAAGGCUCACGAGCGACUGGAAGAUUCUAAGCUUGAGGCUGUCAGUGACAACAACCUGGAGCUGGUGAAUGAAAUUCUUGAAGACAUCAGUCCCUUAGUAAAUAAGGAUGAAAAUGUUGCAGAAUUGGUUGGAAUACUCAAGGAGCCUCAUUUUCAGUCACUCUUGGAAGCACAUGAUAUUGUGGCUUCAAAAUGUUAUGAUUCCCCUCCUUCUAGCCCAGAAGUCAAUAAUUCUUCCGUGAACAACCAGGCUGUUCCAGUAGAUGCUAUUCGCAUCCUUGGAAUUCACAAAAGAGCAGGAGAGCCACUGGGAGUCACGUUCAGAGUGGAGAACAACGAUCUGGUGAUAGCCCGAAUUCUUCAUGGAGGAAUGAUAGAUCGGCAAGGUCUUCUGCAUGUGGGGGACAUUAUUAAAGAGGUGAAUGGCCACGAGGUUGGAAACAACCCAAAAGAAUUGCAAGAACUGCUGAAAAACAUCAGUGGAAGUGUCACUUUGAAAAUUCUCCCCAGCUACAGAGACAGUGUCAUUCCUCAACAGGUUUUUGUCAAGUGUCAUUUUGAUUAUAAUCCAUAUAAUGACAACCUCAUCCCAUGCAAAGAAGCAGGUUUGAAAUUUUCCAAAGGAGAAAUUCUUCAGAUUGUAAACCGGGAAGAUCCGAAUUGGUGGCAGGCUAGUCAUGUCAAAGAAGGAGGAAGUGCAGGUCUAAUUCCUAGCCAGUUCCUGGAAGAGAAGAGGAAGGCUUUUGUUAGGAGGGACUGGGACAACUCAGGGCCUUUCUGUGGAACAAUAAGCAGCAAAAAAAAGAAAAAGAUGAUGUAUCUCACUACAAGAAAUGCAGAAUUUGAUCGCCAUGAAAUCCAGAUAUAUGAGGAGGUAGCCAAAAUGCCUCCUUUUCAGAGGAAAACCCUGGUCUUGAUUGGGGCCCAAGGAGUGGGGCGAAGGAGUUUGAAGAACAGGUUUAUUGUGCUGAAUCCUACUAGAUUUGGAACUACAGUGCCAUUUACUUCACGGAAGCCAAGGGAUGAUGAAAAAGAUGGGCAAGCGUACAGAUUUGUGUCACGAGCUGAAAUGGAGAUGGAUAUUAAAGCUGGCAGAUACUUAGAGCAUGGAGAAUAUGAAGGAAAUCUUUAUGGCACCAAAAUUGAUUCCAUCCUUGAAGUUGUUCAGACAGGAAGGACCUGCAUCUUGGAUGUAAAUCCACAGGCUCUAAAAAUACUGAGGACUUCAGAAUUCAUGCCCUAUGUGGUGUUUAUUGCUGCUCCAGAGUUAGAGACUUUGCGAGCUAUGCACAAGGCUGUGGUAGAUGCUGGAAUUACAACCAAACUUCUCACUGACACUGAUCUGAAAAAAACAGUGGAUGAGAGCGCGCGGAUCCAGCGAGCGUACAACCACUACUUUGACCUGACCAUUGUAAAUGACAACCUGGACAAAGCCUUCGAGAAGCUGCAGACGGCCAUCGAGAGACUGAGGCUGGAGCCCCAGUGGGUCCCCAUCAGCUGGGUCUACUGAGUGCUCCAGAGGGAGCUGCAGUAACAAAUAAAGUCAGCAGCAGCAAACGUGACGUGUAGAUACUGAUGAUAACCUACAGCACCUGUGCAUUUUUACUCUGUGUAUAUUCAAAAGUACACUGUUCUGAAUUUUUAUAAAAAUGUUGAAGAGAAAGUGUACUUAAAUAUGUAAUUUAUUUUAAUUUUUCUAACUUUUUACAGAUAACCUUUCUAUUCAUAUCACAUGAAGGAAAUGCGUUUAAGCAUUUUUCUAUGUUUUGAUUUAGUAUCUUUGCCUUUUUCAUCUAAGAAACUUUCAUUCACUUCAACACUUACAUCUUGGUCUUACAUUUUCACUGUGAUUAAAAAAGGAUACUUGAAACAAUUUUUGUAAAAUUUGUUAAUGUCAGUGUUUAACUGAUCAAAAGUCUAUAGCUCUUAUUAGGAAAAAACACUAAUUUCUUUGAGGUUUUUUUCUUCUUCAAAAAAUAAUAAUUUCAUGGGAGCAGAAUUUUAAAUAUUCAAAGCAGUAACAAAAACACAGGUCCAUUGCUCCAGCUGCUUUCAGCUUAAUGUUGGUGCAUUCCUGAUGUUUCAAAAGUUCUUGAUAUCUCUUGAUUUAGAUAACUUUUGUGUAGAUUCCCUUCUAUCUGUCUCCUAAAAUAACAUAGAGCAAUACCUUGCAAGCUGCUUAUUAUGCUUUCUUGGGAGCCAACCUGUUAGCCCAUUACAGUUGAAGUACUGACAUUAGAAAGUCAUAGGCAAGGUAAUUCAGUGCAAUUUGAAUAAUGGUGAAGUAGCUUGAGAGAGAACCUGAUAAUGUGGAGCCUUGUAGGUGACACUUAAUGUUUAGGACUAUUUAUUCACACUUGUGAAAACACAUUGCUUAAAAAAAAGAAAAAAAAAAGACAUUUUCUUUUCUUAGGACAUUGUUCUGUAUUUGUGUAGUGAUCUGUGGCUUCAUUUCCUGUGAUGUCUAGCUGGGUUCUAAAUUAUCUUUUAAAUAUUUGUGUGUGAUCAACUGCUGUAUUUUGAGUGUUGUGUAAUGGCAUUUCUGUGCUUUUUCUUACAUUGUUUUUAAUUGCAUUUUUCAUUAGAUAGCUUGUGAAUUGGAAGCUUACUGCUAAAAAGCAAUGUUGUUUAUAGGUUUUUUCGUUUACAGUGUAUUUCCUUUUCAGUGACAAUUCUCCCCUCAGUACACUCAUUGAUAUAAUUCAUAUUAGUUUAGGUUCAGGUUCAUUGAUCAAAACUUAAGCUGAUGUAAAUUAAUGGGAACAGAAGGAGAAUACAGCCUGUUGCUCAGAUGAGCUCUUUUUGUGACCAUGUUUUAUAUGACAUUGUCAGCUGUUGUAUAUAGUCACAUUCACCAUCACCUACUGGCUUAGGUGUCUAAACUGAAGUCAUCUGUUAAAUUCCUCUUCCAUCUUGUGACAGGCACCUGGCUCUGGAUUCCUUUUCAACACCAAAGUGUGACCCAGAAUGCUAUCAAAAGGCAUCUUCCUCAGAGCUGUUUCUGGAGGAAGACAGGCUUAGGCACUGUAAAACAGCAUUGCUUCCUGUGGCUCU